AUGUUCCCCAAACGUACCGUUCCAAAGCCCAAAGACGGCGAACCUCAUAUCGUUGGUCGGCUGCUGAAGCGCCGGAAGACCUCCCCCGAAUUCACCAACUUGUUGUUUGACGACGCUCGCAUACUGAAGAUCCACGCCGAAGUCCACUGGCAGCAGGGCCAAUGGUGCAUCAGGGACCCUGGACUGAAGUUCGGUACCUUUUUGAACCAAACCCUUGUGGGUGCGGAACCGUUAGUGUUGUCGCCGGGGGACUUUGUCGGCUUUUUGUAUAAAUCCGCAGUGGAGAAGCUUGAUCGGGAGAACUUCAAAUGGGAAGACGGUUCGGAAAAGCGCAUUAGCCGCUGGUUUGAAGUGAAGAAGACGGCUGAAUACUUGGUGUUGGAUUCGGUGGACUUGCCUAACUUCCCCACGAAUGUCCCCCCGCCUCAGCAUUUACCGAAAGCGACUCCUCAAAAGCAGGCUUCCAAGGACAAGGCGGACAUCAGCAUCAACACUACUAAUACCCAACUGCUGACUAUCGGCUCGACGAAGCUGUCGAGCUCCACGCCUACGCCGAAGCCGUCAGAAGAAAAGGAGAAGCUGGAAAGUGAAGUCAAGCAGGACUUGACGAAGGAUACCCCUGACAGCAUUGUCAUUGAGGAUGACUCUGACGAAGACGACGAUGAUGGUGACGACGACGUUGAAUUCGAAUUGGAUUUCCCUGAUGCUGUCACCAACCAAUACGCCGUUGACACCUCCAACGAUUCUGUGUUCUCGAAGCAAGCCCACGACCUGACGGUAACCGGCAAUAGUCUCGACCUGCGUCAGGUGCAGAAAGAAGAAUUCGUCGUGGAAGAGGUGGGUCCUACUGAUGGUGGCUUGCUGGUAGCGUCCGGCGGUGACGACAAUUCCUACGAACUGAACGACGAAAGUGAGGUUUCGUUUGAUCAGCUUUUGCGGGAAUCCUAUGGUCGGAAGUCGCCGUCGGUCGAAAUCCUGUCGGACCAUGACGUUGGUCUCACUAAAUUGGUGAGCCCCUACAGUGAUGCGUCGUCGAUUGACGACCUUGACUUUGUUGUCGCCUCCACGAACUACGACAACCAUCUGGCCGAAAAUCUGCUGGCCUCACUGGUGGACUCGCUGGACAAUCUCUUCAGCGACAAUGACGAAGUUGCUGAUUUGAGAGCCGACAUUGCUGCGCAGAAGUGGUGUAUUUGCAGUGCUUCAUCCUACCCUAAUCUCCAGUCGUCGGCUCCUUCACUUCCUCCCCCUACCCCUCAGCUCAAGCUGUUGGCAGGGACCAAGCGCGGUCGUGACAGCGAAGAUGACGAUGAAGACGACGACGAUGCCGACUACCACCAACGUGUAAAGCGGCCGACUCUCUCCAAGAAGUCGUCGUUGCUCCGUCGGGUUGCCUCCGAGGCUGUUCGUGGCGCUACUUACUCGCUUGUGACGAUCUUAGCGUUGGCGUACCUCGGUAGCCCCCAAGAACUGGGCUAG